CGCCGCCGCCGCCGCGUUGCAUUCAGAUGUGCGCGAAAUGUGGAGUCGGCACGCGUUUCGGGUGUUUCGCGGAUCGUUGUCGCCGGUGGAGGAAGAGGGCGAUGAGGAGAUCGGAGAGGUUUUCGACCGCUGGAAGACGACCGACUGCCAGUCGCCGACGCCGUCGCCGUCGCCCGAGCCGCAGGAGCCGGCCCGCCUCAGCCGCGCGGGGCCGGCGCCAGCGCGCCCUCGGCCGCCAUCCCGCAUCCCGUCCCCUGCGCCUCGCGCGCCGCCCUCGCAGCCCUGCCGCAGGCCGGGCGCGCGCUCGCGCACGAGGCAGCCGCGCUGUGCCAAUGGCGCGGCCGGGGCUUUCCCCGCCGCCGCCGCCUCCACCACAAACGGCCACGCCCCGUGCCGAGGAGCAGCUCCAGCCGCCCGCGCGGCCGCCCGCGCGCCCUGA